GAUUAUUUGCGGUAUCUCGAUGCUCCCGAUGUCGCGCUGGCAUUUCCGCCUCGGAAUUGGUGAUGCGAGCGCGCGAUCUGGUGUAUCAUGUGGCGUGUUUCACUUGCGCCUCGUGCGGCACCCCACUGAACAAAGGCGAUCAUUUUGGCCAGCGGGAUGGACUGGUGUAUUGUAGACCACACUACGAGUUGCUGUGCUGCGCCGGCGAUUACGGGGGUGCUGCCGGCAGUAUCGAAGAUCUCGGCUCGCCAGGGGUGUCGCCGCUUCCGGCUUACUACGAGCAAAGUCCAAUCACUUCCGGCACGGUGCAGAAAGGCCGACCGCGGAAGCGGAAACUGUCAGAAGUCACCGGCUCCGAGCUUCCCGUCACGAUGAGACUGGCCGCUGGAGCGCUCGAACUGCUGCAUCCCACGGAGCUGUCCUCGUCGAUGGAGUCGCUGGCUGCGUACGACGCAUCCGUGGGCUCCCCGGGACCAGUGCAUCAGAAUCAGCGAACGAAGCGUAUGCGUACCAGUUUCAAGCAUCACCAAUUGCGAACCAUGAAGAAUUAUUUCGCGAUCAAUCAGAAUCCGGACGCCAAGGACCUCAAGCAACUCGCGCAGAAGACUGGCCUGUCGAAAAGGGUGCUACAGGUAUGGUUUCAAAACGCGCGCGCGAAAUGGCGACGAAAUCUGAUGCGGCAGGACGGUAGCAACGCCGGUAGCAACGUCGGCUGUUCCGGAACGGCGGUAUCCUCCAGCACCGGCAAUUCUCCGACCGUCGGACCGGCAGCCAGCAUACUCGGCGACAGCAACAGCAUGCCCUCGACCUCGAUGGAGGAGUUACACGCCCUUCACCAUCUGCAUUCAGGCGUUUCCUCUCAGGUCUCCUUUUCCGAUCUCUACUGACGACGGCUUGAAAUGGAAGAGGAUGCUUACAGUACUCUCUCCAGCCAUCUUGGAUGAGGGAUUAUUGCAUAUCUUUGUGAAUCGACCCCGAGGAGAAACUUGACAAGUCGAUGACGUGCGUCCAUCGUGGGUCUUAACAAGAAAUCUCGCUGAUGAACGCUGACGUUGCUAAUAUAUCGUGGCAGCGAUUGUCUAAGUCUGGUUUUCUUUCUAGAAUGUGAUCCUUGCCGUGCUAAUUUUAAGAACAAUUACUUAAAUUUCACGGAAGCCGAUGUAGUUUAAUCUCUCGCAGGAAACAAACUUUGGUUACUUACGCGAUAUCGAUCAAGAUUAAAUGCCUGGCCUUCUUCAAGAUUUGGACAAAAAUGUGUCGUCGGAUUUAAUAAAGGAAGUGACUCGUCGGAGGACUUUUCUGAAGGUAGCCUAAUCAGGUAGAAUUUAGCGGGUAACUUCGAGGAUGAUUAUGAUUAAAUAAUCAGUGAUAAUAAUCAUAGUUCCAUGCACACCCGAAUUAUUUACCAAAGAUUACUAGACGAGAAUAGUAAUAAUGUAAUCUAGGUACGUAUGCAAAGAGGGUAUCAUUAGCGAUUAUAUCGAUAAUUAACGAUGGAGUUUCGGGCACUGUUCGACAUAUGGGGUGUUCCAGAAAGAUGUAUACUAGAUAUAUGGCAGACACACGUGUUUAAAAAAAAAUUGGAAAAAUUCCU